AUGCACUUCGGCAUCUUUAAAGCCUUCAUCAUUGCGACUUUCGUCGCAUGCAGUUUCACGUCCAUUGGUGCAAAUGACGUUGUAUCGACUGAUAUCAAGGCUCGUCCAAGUCGCCGUUUGCCCAUGUUUUCUGGGGUGUCCAAAAUUUUUAGCUCGUCGGGUGACGAUGCAGCUAAAGCAGCCGUCAAAAUGUCAAAAGAAGCUGCGGAAGAUGCUGCCAAAAAAGGCAGAGCUAUCUUCGACAAAUUAAUGACAACCAUGAAAGGCGUUUACAAGAAUGAGAAGGAGGCAAAGGACGCGAUUAGCAAUAUGCUGAAACUACCAGCAACGAAAAUGGAUAAGUUCAAGAAAGUUGCCAAGAUGGUAGGAUUGGGUAUUGGCGGUGCACUCGCAAUAUUUGGGACUUACAAACUUACGGUUGGCGCUGACGGCCCACCACGAGCGGUUCCUCAGACGCAACCGACCACUUGA